AAACUUUAACCAAACAAAAAAGCAGAGAAAAGUAAAAGCAUAGGUGUUGAAAAUAAAUUCCCUUUGCUUACAUUCAUCAUUACUAGUAUUAUUUUUGUGUCUUUUACACCCCCCUAAAGAGCUAAUUACUUCUCCUUUUUUUUCUGUCUCUUAUUAUUUUUCACAUUUCAUUUCUCUUCUUCAUCUCUCUCGUGCAAUCAUUUCAUUUCCACCUUUCCACAGCCAGAAAGAAAGAGAAAGAAAAUUACAAAAAAUAAAAGAGAUAUUAUUUUUUAAGCCGACCACACCGGGAGAUCAUAUAGAGAGAGAUUAUGACAAUUAUGUACUCUUCUGGGGGUCAAUGGCCAUUUUUCACACAACCAAUCUCUCAUUUCCCCCAAUUUUCCACAUCUUUAAAUGUAACAUUUUUUUUCUAAAUGGGUCCUUCAUUUUAUUGGUGAGUUUAUCUAUUUUUAACUUUGCCUAGAAGUCUUGUUUCUUACAUGAGAAGCCUUGCAUGUUGUGCCACAUUUCUUGAUAAUCACCUUCUAUAAAAGAAUCCAAGAAAAUAUUGAAAGAUAUCUCAACAAUUUGAAUAUGGGAGACUUAUCUCCUGAAAAGAAAACAGGUUGUGGCCUGUUAAAUGCUGUUUUUGGAAGAAGAAACAUUUGGACAAAAAGAUCAACAUCCACAGGCUCACUUCCUACACAAAAUUCCAACAAUGUUAACAAUAUAACGCGAUCUUCUAGCACUCAAAAUUCUAAAAAGCAUCGUAAUGGCUCCAACGAGGCCUUUUUAGACACUCACGAUAACCAACUGGAGAAACAAGCUGAUAGGAUCAUCCCAAGGCCUAAUCCGAACCAAUCCAAGGCUGCGGUAGCAGCUCAGAAUAAGGUUAAUUUUCAAGGUGCACCUGUUUAUAAUCAGCAGAAAAAUAAUGGUGCCGGGGUACAAGGAUAUAAUAAUCAAGGAAGAAAAGUACCACCAGCCUCAACAGGAUUAUCAGGAGAGCUUGAUAACAUGAUCCAAGACCAUCAAAGAUCAAAGGGUGCUAAUACAUUAGUCCGUGCAUCGUCUAGCAACGUGAUGCUGUUUGGUAAUUUGGGUAACAUUAGGCAGCAAGGUGGGGGCAAUGGUACUGCUCCCACAACAACUUCAACAGCUAAUCAUGUUCUUGAUUAUUUACCAAAAACAGCUAAAGAAGAACCACCGUCGCCACCACCACCACAACCACAAAAAUCUCAGAUUGGGAAAUAUCCAACUAGUGUUAUGGGUAACGUGGUAAGGAACCAGGGCGAUCACAUGCAGGGGAAAACAGGGGGCUCUGUUUCCCUUUGCCGCGCUCUGUCCACAAGAAUGGACCCUGAGCAAUUAAAGAUUCUUGGAAAUGAGGAUUACAAGAAUGGAAGAUUUGCUGAAGCUUUGUCCUUGUACGAUGCUGCAAUUUCAAUUGAUCCCAAUAAGGCUUCUUAUCGUAGCAACAAAUCCGCUGCUUUGACCGCUUUAGGAAGGCUCCUUGAAGCCGUUUUUGAGUGCAGAGAAGCUAUCACAAUUGAUCCUCGUUAUCAAAGAGCUCAUAAUCGUUUAGCCACCCUAUGUGUCAGAUUAGGAGAUACAGAGAAGGCUAUGUACCAUUACAAACAAGCAGCAUCAGAAGCUGAUCCUGAUGUUGUGACAAAGGUUAAAAAUAUUCAAAUUCAUCUCAACAAGUGUACCGAAGCCAAGAGGCAAAGAGAUUGGAACACUCUUCUUAAAGAAUCCGCCCUCGCCAUAUCGGCUGGUGCUGAUUCUGCAUCCCAGAUAUUUGCUUUGAAAGCCGAGGCUUUGGUGAAGCUCCAUAGAUACCAUGAAGCAGAUCAAACUCUAAAGAAUGGUCCGAAUUUCGAUAUUGAUGAAUGUAUAAAGUUCUUUGGCCCUAUUGGUAAUGCUGGAUUGCUAGUCAUUCAAGCUCAAGUUGACAUGGCUGCUGGCAGGAUCGAUGAUGCCUUAGCAGCGGCUCAACGAGCAGCGCAACUAGAUGGGAACAACAAGGAAGUGAACACGAUGGCAAAGAGGACAAGGGCAGUAGCAAGUGCUAGAGAAAAGGGCAAUGAGCUCUUCAAAGCUGGAAAAUAUGCAGAUGCUAUUGUUGCUUAUGGUGAAGGCCUAGACCAUGACCCACACAACUCAGUCUUAUUGUGCAAUCGAGCAGCUUGCCGGUCAAAACUUGGCCAAUUUGAGAAGGCACUUGAGGAUUGCAAGAUUGCCCUUAAUAUCAGACCAUCUUUCACCAAAGCUAGGUUGAGGAAGGCUGAUUGUUACUUUAAGAUGGGAAUUUGGGAAGCAUGCAUACAAGAAUGUGAAACGUUGAUGAAGGAGACCCCAGAAAAUGAAGAUGUCGCGCAGAUGAUUAAGGAUGCCCAACAACAACUCAAAAAAUGAGGAAUUUUCCAAAGAUGUGAAGAGCAUAAACACCACCAAUGACAUUUAUAGUUGUCAUUAAUUUGUCAAUCUCCAUAACAAAUAAUUGAACGGUAUCAUCACUUGUUUGUUCAAUUCCAGGCCCUCCAUAAAAGGAAAAAGAAAUGGUCAAAAAUAGAAAAAUACCAUGAGGAAAGAAAUGGAGGGGAGGGGUUAAGUGAGAAUGGGAGAAAACCAAAGGAGAAUUAAGAGGCUUGAGUUAGAUAAUAGGAAUUGGUAGGCUAUAUUGGCUCAUCUUUAGGAACAAAACAAAGAAAAAGAAAGAAAGAAAUUCAUUAGGGUGCUUUGGGACAAAAAAUUAAAGCACGAUUUUUAGCGAACGAUAACAAUUCUUUUACAUUUAUUGAAUUUUCUUAAUAGUAUGGAAUUAUUUUUUUUUA